AUGAGUUUUGAAAAGUAUGCACUGUUCUUAUCGACGAUUUUUGUCUCCACUGCUCAUGCGAAUUCGGGUGUUUCAAGGUUCAAUGUUCAGUAUUCGGAAAAUUUGGAUCGAGCCUUCUACAAUGACGUCAUCGUCUGUGUCGCCUGUUUCCACAUCCUCCCAGUCCUCUCUACUAUCCUAAUUGCCCUAAUGAUUCAUAAUCAUAUAAGAAGGAAAAUGGAGGAUGAGCUGCAAAAUGCGAAUAAAGAAUUGAAAGAGCUGAAAUCCAAAAUCCCCAAACCAAGUUAUAAAUGGACCACAAGCCGAAAUCUUGCAACAAACAUUGAAUUUGACAAGAAAGAAAAUAAUGAUAGUUUGAGUAACUGCAUCACUUUGGGAGCUGAUAAUCGGCAUGAGACACCAAAAAUUGUAGAGAAAUCGCUGGAAAUGGCAACAAAAACUACGCCAAAGAAUUCAACACCAACAGCAGGCGCUACAAAAAUUACUCCAAGAAAAGUUCCGGGAAUUUUGCCAAUCGAAUAUAAAUACAACAAUAAUGGUCCAAUCAUAUUCCAAACUCAGAAUACCAAAGAUUUUCAUUUAGUGCCUGAUCGAAAAGCUUUCAAAGAAGUGAAAAUCGAAAAAGUGAAAUGGGAUGAAGGACCAAUCGAAUUCUAUGAAACUGGAUUGGAUGUGGAUGAUGUUGAGUUAAAUACUCCAAGUUCGAAGGGUGUACCCAGUUCCACUAUUCUAACGGCGUCAAUCAGAGAAUUUCAUCCGAGUACUACGAAAACUAUAACGCAUUCUUCUAUGAUGUAA